UGAGCUCACAGAAGUAGUACUCUAGUUAACAAACCUUAAAUUUAGUCUAGUGAGGAAUAUUAUGAUGAUACCCAUUAAGCUCCUUAAAAAAAUGGGUCUCUAUGAUGUCAAAAUCCAUGGCACUAGUGUUAAGGUAAGGGUAGUAGAUCAUGAAGACUUGAUCAGCUUAGGCCUUUCCGAGUUAAGAUCUGAGGUCACUACUCCAACUGUUGUUGGACUUGUGGUUAAGGAGUCUAUGAUGUUGAAACUUUGUGUCGGAAAUCGGUGCCUGGUGAUUCUAAUGAAUCGCUUGGGUUCAAAUUCAAUACCUCAAUGCCUAAAGAAUUUUCUGGAAGACCAAGAAAUUUGUUUCGUGGGUGUCAAUUUGAUUAGCGGAGUUUAUACUUUGAGGCAAAAUUGGCGAAUAGAAUGCAAGAGCAGAGUUGAAGCGCAGGAGUUGGCUGCUAGAGUUCUUAAGAAGCCCGAUCUUAGUGCUGGAUUAGCAACAUUAGCUGCUGAAGUUGGAAUAGCUUGGGAGGCAUCCAAAUAUCUGCCUUCUUUCAGCUGGGGUGCUUUGGUUUUUUCAGAUGAACAAAUUAAGUAUGUUGUUGAAGAUGUUUAUGCAUCUUUUCUGAUUGGAACCAAGCUUCUUGGCAAGCUUUAAAUUUCAUCUUCUUCCAUCUAGCUGUGUAUUUUGUUGGUCACGCUCAAAUGCUUGAAGUGUUGCAAUGCUUGAAGUGUCACCUGUUUAGUCUUUGUUAUAUGUUUUGCAGGUGCUCAAUACGAGUGUUUAAGGGUAAUUUCUAUAAUAUCCCAUUUUAUGUGUGUGUGUGUGUGGGAGAUUUUAUAAUGUAUAAUCAGAUUAUUUGGUCUAAGCACCCUUCGUAAUAUAAGGUUUUGAAACCAACUUUUAUAGAGAGGAGUUUGACACUCUUCUACAAUAUCCCAUUUUAUGUGUGUGGGGGAGAUUUUAUAAUGUAUGAUCAAGUUAUUUGAUCUAAUGAUUGUGUAAUAUCUUUUGUGAUGUAAGGUUUUAGAAUCAACUCAUAUAAAGAGGAGUUUGAUACUCUUUUAUAGUGGUGUUUA